AAGAUGACGUCUAACGGGUCACGUGGACAGGAUGAGAAAAACCUCCGACUGUGAUUCGCGGGAAAGUGAAAAAAAAAUGGCGGAUGGGAGAGUUUGAAGUUCAGCAGCGCGAAACCGAGAGAGAAGUAACGGGUCAGAACCAGAACCAGAACCCGCCUGAACCGGUACCGAACCGGUACCGAACCCAACGACCACCGGACACCCAGCGGCUCUGACCGGAACGGAAGGAGGGCACACCGCUUCAGAGGAGGAUGUACGAGGACCUGGGUGAACCUUUCUGCGGUCUGGACCCUCAGGUGUCUCCUGGGGGGCUGCUGGAGGAGGAGGAGGCGGAGCCUAACCUGAGCGAGGGUCAGUUUGUUCUGUGUCGUUGGUCUGAUGGACUUUAUUAUGUUGGGAAGAUCCAGAGGGUCAGCCCCCCCAGGCAGAGCUGCUUCGUCACAUUCGAGGACAACUCCAAGUUCUGGGUCCUUUGGAAGGACAUCCAACACGCUGGCGUCCCAGGGGAGGAGCUUCGCUGCUCGGUGUGUCAGGGGGCGGAGCCUAAACUGGACCAAUCGAAGCUGACCAAUGACAUCCUGAUCUGUGGGAAAUGCGGCAUUGGGUUCCACCAGCUGUGCCACGUUCCUCCAGUAGAGGGCUCCGUCAGCGAGCUGAGCCCGUGGUUCUGCAGGCGCUGCGUCUUCGCUCUCGCCGUCCGGAAGGGCGGCGCCCUGAGGAAAGGUCCCAUCGCCAAAGCGCUGUGGGCCAUGAAGCAGGUUCUGCCGUACGACCUGCAGACCCUGAGCUGGGACUCUCAGCACCGCUCCAAUCAGCAGCAAUGCUACUGCUACUGUGGCGGGCCUGGAGAGUGGUACCUGAAGAUGCUGCAGUGCUUCAGGUGUCAGCAGUGGUUCCAUGAGGCCUGUACCCAGUGUCUGCAGGACGCCAUGAUGCUGGGGGACAGGUUCUACCUCUUCCUCUGCGCUGUGUGUAACAAAGGUUCGGAGUACGUCCGCCGUCUGUCCCUUAGGUGGGUGGACGUCGUCCACCUGGCGCUUUAUAACUUGUCCCUCAGCAGUAAGAAGAAGUACUUUGAGCUGGACGAGAUUCUGUCCUUCGUCUCCACUAACUGGGACCACUUCCAGCUGGGGAAGCUGUCCAACACACCCCCAGCAGAAAGGGGGCAGCACCUUCUGGACGCCCUCAACAAAUACAAGAGCAAGUUCCUGUGUGGGAAGGAGAUCAAGAAGAGGAAGUGCAUCUUCUGCCUGAGGACCAGGGUUCCUCCAAACCCGCCUAGCAAGCUGUUUCCUGAGCGCGCUCAGAGCGACGGCGCCCACGCCUCCAAGAAGACCCCCUCCAGCGUUCAGGCCGAGCGCAAGAGAAGAAAGGCCAAGUGGCUCCUGGAGGACGCCAUCCCCACCAACCAGGUGACCUGCAGCUGGACCUCCAACCACCACAUGGCCAACAUCUUUGACUUCACCCUGGAUGAGCUGCAGAGCCUGAAGAGCUCCAGCAGAGCCGUCAGCAUUGACCAGGACUCCACUGACGCCUCCACCUCGGGUUCUGCCACCACCAGCGGCUCCUACCGCUUCAGGCGGAGAGUGGGCAGCAGGAAGAGGAAGUUGCCUAGCAACAGCUACAGCCAGUGGGCCAAUCACAGUGAGGUGGGGGAGGAGUCCUGUGACAUGCCAGUGGCUGGAAGGCCCGUCCACCUCAGCUCAGAGCCGUCAUGCUUCCUGUCUGACUCCUCCCACAUCCCAUCUGACUCCUCGCUCCUCCACUCCUCCAUCUCCUCGUACUUCGGAGCAGCGGGUCGGCUGACCAACGGCGAGCGGUACCAGGUGCUGGCCCGCCGGGUCACACGUCAGGGGGCGGUCCAGUACCUCCUGGAGUGGGAGGGGUCCACACCUUUCUAGCAGGUUCCAGGUGUGAAAGGGACGGGCCUCCUGCUUUGCCAGUAUUAGAGUUCAGACUGGACCAAAGAGUCUGUAGCUCACAGCUGUUCCCUCUGCUGUUCCCUCCCUCUGCUGUUCCCUCCCCCUGCUGUUCCCUCCCCCUGCUGUUCCCUCCCUCUGCUGUUCCCUCCCUCUGCU